AAGGGGUCUCAGUCACUCAUAAAAGCUCCAACAGAAUGUUUGGAUGAUCAAGGCCACCAAGUUGGCAAAAGCUCAUUUCCGCUGAGUAAGGCUGCUCAAACUUCUAACAAGAGAUCGUCUCGAGGCGAGAGUGAUAGCAGUUAUGAAGAUCGUUGUUAGAGGAAAGUGAGGUCGCGUUCAGAAAAAUUGGAAGAUACCGAUUUGGCAGUGGCCAAGAUUCCUGACAGCGUUGAUAGUCCUUCAAGGACCGUGACAACUCUUAUUAGAAAGCCAAAUAGUGUUGGAGCAUUACGACGGGGAAAGUCAACGGAGAGCGGUGAGUCUGUUUCUGGUCCGGACCUAAUAAAAUCCUCUUCCAUAGCAAAGGCAGAACAGGGGACAACUUCUAUUUUUCGUGAUAAAGUGAAAGAAAAGUUGAGUUCCGACUUGCAUAAACGUACAUCAGCUGCAGUAUCCGUAUUUGACGGAAAGAAGGUUGUCUUGAACUAUAGAAAGAUGUUUAUUUCAAAUCUUUGGGUUGUGAUUCGAGAUAAGCUUUCCGGAAGUGAUGUAGACAGGUCUUCCUCUCUUGAAGAAGAAAUCCAAGUGAUUCUCCAGGAUAUGGAUGGAAAGGAUGUGGAUGUUUCCCCUUUGAUGAAUUUAUUGAAGUCGUUUUUUGAGCUUGCAGCUUCGUACGACCAGGCACGGUCAGACCUAUAUGAUAAGGACAUGGAAGCUGCCAGAAAAGAAAUAUCUAUAGCAGCUGGAGAGCAUCUUUCAAAUGCCAUGUUUGAAGAACACGAGAAGGUCGAAAGAGCUUCAUCUAUCCGUCAAUCUCUAGAUGAGGUGCGAGAGAAGUUAGAAAAGCUGCGCGCAAAGGAGAAGAAGUUAGAACUCCUCCUAGAAGCCACUGAGAAGGAAGUCGAAGAAGCUAAAUUGAGGGCCUUGACUGCUGGAAAGGAGUUCGACGCGUGCCAUGAUGUAGACUUGUCGAAUGCCAAUGACUCAAUUGACUUAGAGCAGAAGAAGGGGCGCCUGGAAGCUAUGCGCCAAGACUUAAUCAAUUAUAAAUUGUGUUUAGAUUAGUCUAUAGAAUGUAUUUCAAUUGCUCUCUUUCUCUUUUUCUUGCCUUUGAUUGAUUAGUGGAUGUUAUUAUCAGAAAUAAAGACUUCGUCUAUUUUGUUUUAGACUGCGCAUUCUCCUUGAUACGUUCUGUGGUUGUUUUUUUUUUAUUUACUAUACAAGAAUGAUAUAUCCAUCGUGACACACUGAUAUCACCAAAUUUCCCUUAAACAGCAUUUUUUUUUAUAUCUCGAAGUUCCCAAGGGUGACGAAGAUUUGAAUUUAGAGGCCACACACUCAUUUCCUCUUACAAUAACGUUGUUCAUCAGCUUUGCGUCUUUGUGCCAAAAAAUUCAUAUCUCGAUGUAGGAAUGAC